AUGAACAUCAUUGAGCAUCUAUGGGACCACCUCAAGUGGAAAGUACAGGCCCGAGACCCAGCUCCCAAGAACCUAGAUGAGCUUUGGGCUGCGAUUGUGGAGGAGUGGUAUCGGAUUGAUGUUGCCACGGUACACCGCCUAUACUCGAGCUCACCCCGGAGGGCCCUGGCUCUGAAGAAGGCUAAGGGUGCUAAUACAAAUUCUGAGGGUACCAGGUUCGAGAUGAAUUUACCUCCUGGAAGCAAGGAGUGGGGCAUCCAGGGCUGA